UUUCACACUACCCCGGAAAAUGACAAAUCUUCUCGAGGCCCAAACCCGAACACGACGUGCGUGUCACGGACCCGACUGAUCGACCUGCCUCGCGCCCUUCUUGUUGCAGACCGUGGUGAGCGUGGUGCUGAUGGCGCUGGCGGCCGUCCACGCCUCCGGCUGGAGCUCCGGGGGCGGUGGCUGGAGCUCCGGGGGCGGCGGCUGGAGUUCCGGGGGCGGCGGCUGGAAGAGCUCCGGGGGCGGCUGGAGCUCCGGGCCCAUCAUCAAGUCCUCGGGCUGGUCGUCGCCGUCAUACUCGUCCGGCUGGUCCUCGCCGUCGUACUCGUCCGGCUGGAGCUCGGGCGGCUCCUCCGGGUGGCCGUCCUCUGGCUGGAAGUCGUCCGGCUGGUCCUCGCCGUCGUACUCGUCCGGCUGGAACUCGGGCUCCUCCGGCUGGUCCGCACCUGUGAUCAAGUCUUCGGGCUGGUCCUCCGGCUGGCCGUCCUCCGGCUCCGGCUGGUCCUCGGGCUCUGCCGGCUGGCCGUCGUCCUCGUCGUACUCCUCCGGCGGCUGGCCGUCAUCCUCGUCGUACGCCUCCGGCGGCUGGCCGUCGUCGGGCUCCUCUGGCUGGAAGUCGUCCGGCUGGUCCCCGUCCUACUCGUCGGGCUACAAGUCCUCCGGCGGCUGGUCCUCACCGUCCUCCGGGUGGAAGUCGUCCUCGGGCUCCGGCUGGGCCUCCCCGUCCUACGCCUCCGGCUGGUGGUGAAGAGCGAACUCCGCAAGUGUUUCGUGUGACAGUGACCUUGUGCCCCUCAGCGACACGUCGCCUUUACCGCUGUUAUUACCGACCCUGCAGUCCAAUUUCGUAUCAUUAUUUAUCCUGAGGAUGUUUUGCAUAUUAUUUUCUUCCGUGUAGACUGUGAGAAGUAACGCCAUCGUAAACUGCGCAUCUGCCUCAGUGACGCAUUGUGCGUGCAAGUGUUGUGUGAGUGUGUGUGUAUGUGUGUGCCUGAGAAUAAGAUAAAAGAGUCCCCAAAGUACCUGUUCAGUAACUCCAGUGAGUGAGUUGAUAGCUGAUUGUAAAUAGUAUACGACUGUAAAAAUAAUAUUAAAAAAAAUAACAAAA